UACGGGUUUGUCAUCGCUGUCACCACCAUUGACAACAUCGGGGCCGGGGUCAUCCAGCCCGGGAGGGGCUUCGUGCUCUACCCCGUGCGCUACAAGGCCAUCGUGUUCCGGCCCUUCAAGGGCGAGGUCGUGGACGCCGUGGUCACCCAGGUCAACAAGGUCGGGCUGUUCACCGAGAUCGGCCCCAUGUCCUGCUUCAUCUCCCGACACGUGAGAGGGGACCCCAAAAAGGGGCACUGGGGGGGACCCCAAAAGG